GCGGCCCGGGUGCAGGCGGCUCGGCUGCACCAGCGCCUGCUGGACCAGCUGCGCCGCGGCCCCCUCCAGCUGUGCCAGCUUCGCAGGCUGCUCUGCUACUGCCCGGGCGGCGGGGCGGGCGGCGUGCAGCGAGGCUUCCUGCUCCACGACCCCUGCGACAGCCCCGACACCCGGGGCGCGCUGCUGGCGCUGCUGGACACGUACCAAGAGGCUCCGCGCCCACGGCUGGGCGAGUUCGUGGGCGACCCGCGCAGCCAGGUGUGGCAGUGCCUGUGGGAGCUGCGGGACGGCCAGGGGUGGCGACAGGUGGGCCGCGAGCGCGUCGUGCCCGCCCCGGAGCCCACACUGCACCCGGUGGUGCCCGACCUGCCCAGCUCCGCGGUCUUCCCCGACCGGGGAGCCGCCCGCGCUGUUUUGGAGGCGUGUACACCCUUCAUUCCUGAAGCCCGAGCGGUGCUUGACUUGGUUGACCAGUGCCCGGAACAGGUCCAGAAAGGGAAGUUCCCAGUCAUUGUCAUCGAAGGACUGGAUGCCACAGGUAAAACCACUGUGACCCAGUCAGUUUCCGAUUCACUCAAGGCUGUUCUCUUAAAGUCACCACCUUCUUGCAUUGGCCAGUGGAGGAAAAUCUUUGAUGAUGAACCGACUAUCAUUAGAAGAGCAUUUUACUCGUUGGGCAAUUAUAUCGUGGCUUCUGAAAUAGCUAAAGAAUCUAUGAAAUCUCCCGUGAUUGUAGACAGGUACUGGCACAGCACGGCCACCUAUGCCAUAGCCACGGAGGUGAGUGGGGGUCUCCAGCACCUGCCCCCAGCCCAUCACCCUAUAUACCAGUGGCCGAGGGACCUGCUCAAACCUGACCUGGUCUUGCUGCUUACCGUGAGUCCUGAGGAGAGGAUGCAGAGGAUUGAGGGCCGGGGCAUGGAGAAGACCAGAGAGGAAGCUGAACUGGAGACCAACAACAUAUUUCGUCAAAAGGUAGAAGAGUCCUACCAGCGGAUGCAGAACCCCGGCUGCCACGUGGUUGAUGCCAGCCCCUCCAGAGAAAAGGUCCUCCAGAUGGUUUUAAGCCUAAUCCAAAAUAAUUGUAAUGAAUUGUAGUUGCUCUGGGCCAGGUGAUGCAUUUUACUAGAUUUGAUGUUGUUUGAUAUAUCUAAGCCCACGACUGGUUAUGCAGUGUUCCCAAAUUUCUGUUGCAUAAGCAGAAAAUUGGAGACCAGACAUUUCAGUUUUACCUAAACCACGCACUUGCUUCUGACCAAUGAACCCUUCAAGGUUAAGACGGGUCACCUUCCAGCGAGACCAGUGAUGGCUUUCUG